AUGAAAGCGUUUAUACUAGCUGUUUUUUUUGGAAUAAUACGUGCUUUCUCAGAAAAUAUUGAAUUUAUUCAUAAAAAGUCUGUUUCAUUAAAUUCAUUACAAAAUACAUCAUUUAAUCCAAUAGUUGAAGAAAGAAUUUUCGCUUUAAUUUUAAAAGAAAACGCAACAAAUAAUCAAUGUAAAAUAAAACUAAAAAAAUAUUGCGAAAAUUUUAAAAAUACAAAUAAAGCACUAAGUGGUGUUUUUCUGGAAUUAAGUGAACUAUGUGAAGACACUAAAUUAGAUGGAAAAUGUACUUAUUUGAAAGAACGACUUGCAAAACAAUAUGAAGCACUUAAAAUGAAUUUAAAAGAUAUAGAAACUGAAUCAUCACUAAACAGCCUAAAAUGUAUUAUGCAAUCUAAAUGCAUGUUCUUAGAGGGAGUUUAUCCAAAUGAACUUAAAAAAAAAUGUAAUUAUUUAAGAGUAUUAUGUAAAGAAGAAAAACAAGACAGUUUGACAACAGAAUUCCUUCUAAGAGUUUUUACUAACAAUUUAAAAACUGAAGGAGACUGUGAAAAAAUAAUUGAUAAGAAAUGUCUUAUAUUUAUGGAAGAAAGUGAUAAACUAAUGAAAUUUUGUCUUACUCCCUCGAAUAGAUGUAAGGAUCUCAUAAAAUUAAUGGAAAAAAAAUGCAAUAAUUUAGAACUUGAGGCACAAAUUUUUAUCGAAAAUACUAAAAUAUCAAAAGAAAAAUGUAAUUCAUUAUUUGAGGAAUGCUACUUUCAUAAAUCAAAUUGCAAUAAUACUCUUAAUAAUAAAUGUAAAGAAAUAGAAAAAAAGUGUGAAAAUGAAGUAGAAUACAAACAUUUUUCUUUACCAUUUAACCCAAUAGGAAAAGAAAUUGUAUUAAUAGAAAAAGUUGGAAAAGAAAAAUUAUUCAAAGAUGAAAUUGGAAAACCAGGAAUAAAGGAUACAAUUGAUCUUUUAGUAUUAUUAUCAAAUAAUUAUUUAUAUGGCUGCAAAACUAAUAUUGAAAGCUGUCAUAAAUUUUGCAGCCUUUUACCUCAAUUAGAGGAUUUAUAUGACAGUACUAAAGAAAAAAUGGAUAAAAGCAAGGAAGAAAUAUGUAAUACCUUAGAAGAAAAAUUGAAACCUAAAUGUAGGUUUUUUAAAUCAAAAUUAUAUAAUUUGUCACUAUCAAAUACUAAAGAAGAUAAUGAAGAUGCUACGCUUAUAGAAUGGACCAAGCAAUCUACUGAGUUUAAUGAAAAGCUUUGUAUAGAUUUAGAAUCAAAAUGUUUUUAUUUAAAGAAACCUUGUAAUGACGCGGGUAUUAAAAUGUUUGAUGCAUGCAUCAAUUUAGAAUCAACAUGUUUAAAAACACGGCUUUUCAAAAAAGAGUAUCAACUAUUUCAAGGUGUAUUAAAAGGAAAACUGCAUGAUUUAGAAAAUAAUUUACUUGAAAUAUGUGUAAAUGAACUAUGGAUUCUAUGUAAGAAAAUAAUUAACAAUAAUAAUCCUAUAUUAAUGGAUCUUUGUCUACACCCAUGGGAUACUUGUAAAGAACUUGCAAAUGAUAUUGAAAGGCAGAGUAAGAGACUUAGAAACGAUCUGGAUUGGAAAAGGGAUUUUCCAGAUGAAGAGGACUGCAAAAAACUAAAAGAGAAAUGUGAAAUGUUAGGACAUGAUUCAAAAAUGAACGACUUACCAUGUUUUACACUGAAGGGGCGAUGUGAUCACUUAAAGAAUGCAAAAGAAUUGGAAGAUAUUUUAUUAGAGGAAAAAGCAGAAAAUUUAGGCGAUUUAAAUACAUGUAUAAAAAGAGUUUCAGAAAAAUGUAAUAAAUGGUCUAAAAAAAAGAAAACAAAGUUUAUUAUUUCAUGUAUACAAUUGAAUGCUACUUGUCGAAUAAUUAUUGAAAGUAUUAAAUUUAAAUGUACUGCAUUAGGAAAAAACAUAGAAAUUGAAAACGUUUUAGAUCAAGUGAAGAAUAAUGAUGUAAACAUGAAAAGCCCUAUAUGUGAUUUAUGGGAACCCUAUUGUGAUAAAUUUACGUUGAGCUGUGAAAAACUUGCACAAAAUAAUGGAAAGAAUGGAAAAUGCAAAGAACUAAAAGAGAGCUGUAAAUCGUAUCGUGAAAUACAAGAACAAGAAGUGAGACUUAUCUAUGAAUUAAGAGGAAGUCUCAAUAGCGAAAAUAAAUGUAAAUCAACCUUUAAUGAACACUGUUUGCAUUGGGAUAAAACGAAAAAUGAUACAUUCAAGAAUUUCUGUAAUAAUAACAUUGAUACCAAAAAUAAUACAACUAAAAGUGAACUGUGCAAAAAAUUAUUAGAACGUGUAAAGGAAAGAUGUACAAAAUUGUUGACAAAAUUAAAUGACAUGGCUACAGAAAUAGAAAAAAACAUAAAAAUUGUUGAAGAAUUGAACGAAGCUGCAAAAAAAGCACUAAAGAAUAUAAAUCUUAUUUUAACUUCAAGCAAACAAAAAACAGGUUCUAACAUAAAUAACACAAUAUUAAUUCUAGCUUAUAAUGCAAAUGCUGACAGGAAUGUAAAUUUAAAAACAGAUGUAACUCAGAAAAAUCAAUCAAAGUAUUUGGAACAAAAGGAGACAAAAGUGAAUAUUACAGAAAAAGAAGUUGAAGCGUUUAAUGCAGCAGCAGAAGCAUUAAAGGUUUAUACAGAAGUCAAAGCAGAGUGCAAAGGUCUGCAAUUAGAAUGUGAAUUUAAGGAAGAUUGUUCUGAAUACAAAGAUGUAUGCAAGAAAAUCGAAGAUGCAUGUAAUAAAUUAAAGUCAUUGGAAAUCAAGUCUUUAGAAACAAAAACAAUUAAUCAAACUAUAAAAACAAUUGUUACAAAAACCGAGACAAAUACAACGCAAAAAACACUGACAACAGGAGAACAAUGUAUAUCGAUUUCUACAACAGACAAGUGGAUUACGCGUACAUCAACACACACACACACAUCUACACAAACAUCCGUACUAACACUAACUGUAACAUUGACAUCAACGAAGGGAUGUCAACCAGUCAAAUGUACUACCGGAAGUGAAGAUGAAACAAGGGAUGUAAAGCAAAAUGAAGGAUUAAAGAUGAAUGGAUGGGGUCUGAUAAAAGGAGUAAUGUUAACAAUGAUUAUUUCAACUAUGAUUUAA